UCGAUUAAAUGUGUUAAUAUAAUGAUAAACUUUCGCUAAUUUAUUUCCAAAGUAUUUGGGCAAAAACAUAAGUUCAGCAAUAUGUUAUCUGCAGUUAUUGUGUUUGUGUUCUUAUCGGGAGUGCAGGGAAUUACGCAUGAGGAUUGUCCAGCUAAGGGACACUCUGACAACGGCUACUGGUAUGUCAAUACCGCAAAAGAAAAACCAAGAUGUGUGCUGCAUUGCUACGAAGGAUACGAGCCGGAUGGGUGUCAUGUAUUGCGGAUAAUAAGACCUGGCACGUGGAAUCGAAAUACACCCCAGUGUGUCGAAAAAUCGUCGAUGCCUUGGGGAACUUUGGCUAAAGCAUUUAAGGGAGCUGCAGUCUCAUCCCGCAGUGCAUUUGCCGCGUUACAUGGCGCCGGAGCGGCUGGACUCGCCUUUGGAACUCAGGCGUGCGUGUUCAGUGGAAUCACUGCCGUUACGGGAACGGUUUCGACAUUCUUAGGCAGCGAAGCUUGCGAAGAUGAGUGACAGUAUUUCAACAUCCACAAUUCAACGAUCAGAAUUUUUAAGUGCAAAUUAUAAUUGGUUAGAUCGUUUUGAGGAGAGAAAGGAAUUUGCAAACCAAAACUGACACU